AUGAAUAAUUCAAUUGUUAGAAUUGUUGAUCUACCUGAUGAAAUUUUGGUUACUAUUUUAAAAAAACUGCAUCAUUUUGAUGUAUUAUAUUCACUUGUGGGUGUUAAUAAAAAACUCGAUAACGUAGCAUGUGAUGUUACUUUCACUCGAUCUAUUGAUCUAACGACGAUAUCAUUAGAUAAAGCGGACGAUUCAAGAAUUAAUGCUAUACUUGAUCGAUUUUGUAUAGAGAUAUUACCUCGAAUUCAAAAGAGAAUGGAAUGUCUUACUAUUCAAGCAUGUUUCUUACAACGUGUUUAUCAUGCUAGCGAUUAUCUUAACUUACGCAGCAUUACUAUCGUCAAUCUCGAACUCAAAAUGGCUCCUGAUAUUUUCUUUAAAAAGUCUUCAUUUAUUCACGGCUUCAAAGACCAAAUUAAACAUCUAAGUGUAAAAAUUAGUGACGAAAUUCGAAAUGAAUUAAGGUUGAAAUUACUAACUGAUAUUUAUAAUUGUAUUUUCGCCUUGGUAUCAAGCCUAAAAUAUUUGGAUUUGGGUGUCAAUGACAAUUAUUUCUUUCGACGAUCAUUACUUAGCGGUUUAUCUUCGACUACAUUUUCGUCAUCGAGUAUUGUUCAUUUAAAUAUUAAAAUGAACAAUUUUGACGAUUGUCGUUAUCUACUUGAUGGUCGUCUUACUCAAUUACAUACAUUUAUUGCCAAUCUUGAUUACAUAUAUGAUCCAGUAUUGAUGAGAGUUAAUCCAUCAAAAAUCAGAAAGAUUUCAUCGAACAUCAAAAUUAAUACGAGUACUCUACUUAAACUCAAGUGUUUUUCACUGUAUGUAUAUCUUCCAACGACUGAAUUUGACAAUGAAGUUGUCCCGUUUCUUUGUCGAAUGUCACAUUUGGAAAAGCUCACAUUAUCUCUUGGUGUUCGCGGUCGAACUUCAUUCAUUGAUGGAACUCACUUAGAUAAUUGUAUACUUAGCCGAUUGCCGCAUCUGCAUGCAUUUGUCUUCGACAUCAUUACCGACUUUGUCAGGAGCACCGGACACUUCGAACCAUCUGCUGAUCAUAUUCGACGCACGUUCAUUCAAAGAGGACAUCAUGCUGAUUGCUAUAUCGACUAUCAUCAUAGUAAUAUGCGCCGAUGUCAUGUUUAUUCGGUUCCAUUGAAUAUGGAAUGUAUGCGUCAUAUUUCGCACGGUUUUCCUGGUGGUACGUUCAUCAAUGUUCGCAUUCUGAGUAUGCUCGAUGACUCUCACCCUUUCGAACAUAAUUUCUUUGCUCAGAUUUCACGCUCAUUUCCAUUACUUAGCCGUCUGAUACUUAGAAAUACAACACCACAAACGGAGAAACGGUCACACCAGUUAGUGAAACUUGAAGAAAUAUCCUCAGUUAUUGAGUAUUCUCAUCUCAUCGAACUUGACUGUACCCAUGCACAUAUCGAUUAUGUGGAACAGUUUCUUUCUAACGUCAAUACAUGUCUACCUUGCCUUUGCAAACUUCAUGUUCAAUAUGAACACUUAGUAUCUGUCACAGAAAAUUUUACAAGAAAUACAACGCUUAUGAAUUGUGUGAAAGUGAAGCAUAUUACAUUUGAUGAUAACGUGGCAACGGCGCGUUCAAAAGACUUUUAUCUCUAUUUUCCUUUACUGUAA